AAAUCCGUAGGUAUUUUAUAUUAUAUUAUAUUAAUUAUAGCCUUCGUCUUUCAAUAGUCAGUAGGAAACUCAUAUUGUUGUCAAUGACACACUCUAGGUAUAAUAUACUUAAUACCUAGCUACCUAGCCAACAUUAUGAUACAUCUGUCAAUUUGAAGAUUUGAUAAACAAAACAUUUUGAUUUUGAACUAGCAUCGAUGUAAGUGUAACUUGAAGCGAACUUUUAUUUGUAACAGAAAAUAUGUAUCUCUCGGAAAAUAUUAAAUUCAUGUAAAACCUUUCCAUAAUGUCUAAAAUUGAGACUAAAUAUUUAGUUAUCGGAGGCGGUAUAGCAGGAGUUACGUGCGUGGAGACCCUGGCUAUAUUACAUCCAGAAGAAAAUCUCUUGAUUAUAACUGCUUCUUCGUUGGUGAAAAGAGUAACUAAUGUCAGUUUCUACGCCAAGACUGUAGUAAAAUUUGAUGUAGCGGAUACAGAAGCAAGUUCCUUGAUGAAAAUACACCCAAACCUCAAGAUUAUAUAUGACUCAUUGAAGUUUCUUGACACUAAGAAUAAGAUAGCCUUAACAGAUGAUGGGACUGAAGUGCAUUAUGAUGUUGUUUGUGUAUGUACAGGUGGACUACCAAAACUUAUUGUGGACUCAAAUAAAAGCAAAAGAAUCCUUGGUAUCAGAGACACAGAGUCCGUCAGAGAGUUUCAGGAGAGAUUGACUAACGGCCAUAGAAUGGUCAUCAUUGGUAAUGGGGGUAUAGCAUCAGAAAUUGUUCAUGCAACAACCGGCAUCCAGAAAGUGUGGGUUAUUCGAGAUGACUAUAUAUCCGCUACCUUUAUUGACCCUGGAGCUGCUGAAUUUUUUCAAAAUAGUUUUAAAAAUAAAAGUGAUGUGAAUAAUCAGACUGUGUUACGAAGACAUGUGUUUACAGAAGAAGACACUGUUAUAUCAUUAAAUAAGGAUAUAAAAUCGGCAGCGCUCGGUCCAGAUUGGUAUAAAAAGUUAGAAAACACCAGAAAUGAGAGUGGAGAACAGGAAUUGGAAAUUAUUUAUAAGGUGGAAGUUGAAUCUGUUGUUGAGAUAAAUGAAGAAUAUGCUUUAGAAGUGAAGUUGACAAAUGGUAGAAUUAUUAAAUGUGAUUUUGUUGUUUCGGCGACGGGGGUGGAACCUGCCGUUAAUUUUGUCUGGGAUCAGGAACCAAAGAGAGGACCGGACGGGGGUCUGGCGGUGAAUGAGUUUCAAGAAACUUCCAUUAACGAUGUGUUUGCUGCAGGAGAUGUGGUAUUUGCUAACUGGCAAACCUCUCCUCAUUGGUUUCAAUUGAGAUUAUGGACUCAGGCGAGGCAAAUGGCUGGUAUGGCCGCCAAAGCAAUGCAUGCCAAGAUUGUAAAGGAAGAUAUAUGGCAAGACUUCUGUUUUGAGCUGUUUACACAUUGCACUACACUUUUUGGCUACAGAGUUGUACUACUAGGGAAAUAUAAUGGACAAGGUCUCGGUACGGAUUAUGAGAUCUUAUUAAGAACGACUCCACAAAAAGAAUACAUUAAAUUUGUCCUACAAAAUGGAAGACUUCAAGGAGCUAUUCUGAUAGGGGAAACAGAUUUGGAGGAAAUGUGUGAAAACUUAAUCCUGGAUCAGAUUGAUCUGAGUCCCUUUGGAGAUGAUAUUCUAGAUCCUGAUAUUGAUAUUGAUGACUAUUUUGAUUAGAAUUGUUUUUAUUAUUUAGAAAUCACUUUUUAUCAUCAUAAGUCACAGUAUGGGUGUCAAUGUAGAGCUAUUCUGGAAGAGGAAACCUAUAGACACUUAAAAACAUCAGGAAAAACUUGUAAAGCAAAAACAUCGUAACACUCAGAUUGCUGUAGACAUAACCAGAUGUUAUUCCAAAAUAUUUAACAUGGUAUAUUAUAUAAUGGACCUUGGAGAUAACCUGCAAGUGCCUUCGCUAGUGUAUUUUAGUUACCUCCUAUUUCUCAAACAGCUUAAAAUACAAAGUAACUGAGAAUUCUCUUGAUAUAUGAAUUACUGUCUUAAAUAUUAAUUGUGAGGUGAUAUUUAGGUUGUUAUCUAUUUAUUGCAAGUACGUGUAAAUAUUUAAUUAAAAUGCUAAUUAAAGAUUGAUAUCCUU